AUGUUUUCAAGAAAGAAACCGCCUCAACUAUCUACUUUGGAAGAACUUCAACAAACGUAUUCUGAUUGUUGCAACCUCACAAUCAAAAAUUUGACUUUGGAAGAACAAGGAAAAUUCGAAGAAGCGUUGAAAGGUUGGAAAAGUUUACAUACAUCUUUAUUAUACAAAUUAGAUCUAUUUGACAAAUUAUCGUCCAAGAUUGGACCUGAAGAAAAGACAAUAUUGAAUGAAUUAAAGGGAAUCAGAGAUGAAAACGUCAAACAUUUGAUAAGAGUACAGUUACGAUUAGAUGAAGUCAAUAGGCAGAGACACAGAGAUGCAAAUCCUCAACAGCAAGCACCAAUCCCUCCUCCAUCAAGAGGUAAAGUGGUGCAGACUUCUUUAAGACAUGGACAUUCUUCUUCGUUGCCAUCUAGCUCAAGUGCUCCGAGAGCAAUGAUGAAAUCUUUGCGUCCAAAUGGCUAUAGUGCUCAUCAUCAGCCUCAACCAAAAUUAAAACCACAAUCUGAACAACAAGCAUCAACAGCAGCAUCAGCAUCAUGGACUAAACCACUAACAUCUCAAGAAAAAUAUAAAAUAGCCAAAUCUAAAUUAAAACCAGAUGAAUUAUUUCAAGAUUUCGAUCAAGAUACAUAUACUCCAAGUAGUAGAAAUAAUAGUGGGAAUUGGGAGAAAUUUGACUCAAGAACCUCUUCAAAUUUAUCCAGCUACUCAGACGAUGGACCUAAUUUAAUUGAUUUGGAUGAUUAUUUAAAUGCUGAUGGAGAGGCCCUAUCUAAUUCUUUAGAAGAUUUAACCAUUAAACCAAUUAUAAAUCCUGAAAGAGUAGCUGUUGCCCCUCCAAGAAUACAUAGACCUCCAGCAAAACAAGAGCAUAUUUCAAAGAGCACAUCUGAUGUUCGAUCAACUAAACCAAAACAACCUUAUGUUUAUACCAAACCAAAACCUAUGAAUAUUCAGAAACUUAUGAAACAACUGACACCAGCAAAAUCUUCUGCUGUUCCCAAACAAAAAUCAAAUAUUACAUAUAAUUUUGUUAGAACUACUCAACCGAAAAAGAAACCAGCUGCUUCAACUACCAAACCAAGGACGAAUGGUACAACUCCUAAAACCAAUGGCAAUAAAGUAGCUGUCAAACCUCCAACACAGAUAAGGCUGGAUCCGGUCACUCCAGCAAGUCCAACCAUGGAUGAUUUGUUAAGUGGAUAUGAGAAUGACGAACAACAAGGAACUGAUGAAGGACCAUCGUCAGCAACAUCAUCCUCUGCAACACCUGCAGCAACAGCACCACCAGCAUCUGAACCGGAUCCAUUUACUGAUGAACAUGCUCGUAAAGAACUUAUUUCUUCAAUUCGUGGUAUUGAUGAGAAUUCUGCCGAACAUAUUUUAAGUGACAUUGUUGUGCAUGGGAAUGAAGUUUAUUGGGACGAUAUUGUUGGGUUGGAAACAGCUAAGAAUGCACUUAAAGAAGCCGUUGUAUACCCAUUUUUAAGACCUGAUUUAUUUAAAGGAUUAAGAGAACCAACUAGAGGGAUGUUAUUAUUUGGGCCACCAGGUACUGGUAAAACGAUGUUGGCAAGAGCAGUUGCCACAGAAUCAAAAAGUACAUUUUUCAGUGUUUCCGCUGCAUCAUUAGUUUCUAAAUAUCUUGGUGAAUCAGAAAAAUUGGUUAAAGCAUUAUUCUUGUUGGCGAAAAAAUUAGCACCAUCAAUUAUAUUUAUGGAUGAAAUUGAUUCAUUACUUACUGCAAGAUCAGAAGGUGAAAUUGAAAGUAGUCGUCGUAUCAAGAAUGAAUUUUUAGUUCAAUGGAGUGACUUAUCAUCAGCUGCUGCGGCAAGAGAGGGCGAAGAUAAUAGUAGAGUGUUGGUAUUGGGUGCAACAAAUAUGCCAUGGAGUAUUGAUGAAGCUGCAAGACGUAGAUUUUCCAAAAAACUUUAUAUCCCGUUACCAGAAGAUGAAACAAGACUGAAUCAAAUUAAGAAAUUAUUGAAAUUUCAAAAUAGUAAUCUUAGUGAUGAAGAAAUCAAUGAAUUAACUAAACAAACUGAUGGAUUUUCUGGUAGUGAUAUUACUACAUUAGCUAAAGAUGCAGCCAUGGGACCACUUCGAGAACUUGGUGGGGAUCUUUUGAGUACACCAAUUGAACAAAUUAGGCCAAUUGGAUUUAAAGAUUUUGAAGCAAGUUUGAAAUAUAUAAAGCCAAGUGUUGAUCCUGAAAGUUUACAUAAAUAUGAUGAAUUUGCCAGUAAAUUUGGUGCUGUAUAA